UUAUGAGGAAUUUGAGGUGUGAAUGGUGAUUAACAUAUCUUCUGUUUCCAAGGGUGGGAGAGGUCUGAGGUGUGAAUUGGUCAUUACAAUGUGUGAGGAGCUUGGUAGGAACAUCCUGUGUUCAGUGUUUUGUCCAUCUGAGUACCUUGAAAAUGCUUUGUAUACAUUUUUCAUGAUGAAGAAAGGCUCUAGAAAGCAUUGGGAACUGGAAGAGUUAAAAAAAAAUUUUCAGACGCAAACUCAUAACCCGUUUUGCAUUUGAAACACUGAUAAAAUCGACUGCUGAACACAAGUUUUCUG